GCUUUUGUUUAUAAUUACCGCUUUAACGCUUUAUUUUAAAAUAUUAAGUUAUAUAGUAAAGCUGCGAUAUGAAGUUUUCUUACAAAUUUUCGAAUUUGUUGGGCACAAUUUAUCGCAAUGGAAACUUGGUCUUCACACCAGAUGGCAAUUCGGUUAUUAGUCCAGUGGGCAACCGGAUAACCGUAUACGAUCUCAAGAACAACAAGUCGCGCACGUUGGCCCUGGAGUCCCGGUACAAUUACACAAACAUAGCCCUCUCGCCGGAUGGCAGCUUGCUGAUCGCUGUUAAUGAGCAGGGCGAUGCGCAUUUAAUCAGCAUGGUCUCCUGUACGGUUAUACAUCGGCAUAAAUUCCAAACGGGAGUGCAGUGCAUCAACUUUAGUCCUGACGGUGCCUAUUUCGCGGUCGCAAGAGAGAAUCUAGUGCUCAUAUUUUGCGCUCCUGGCGAAAUUACUGGCGAGUACAAUCCAUUUGUGCUAAAACGCAGUUUCCUUGGUGGCUACGAUGACGUCACGUGGAUGGAUUGGUCCUCAGACUCUAAGCUACUGGCCAUAGGCUCCCGUGACAGCUCCACUAAAAUAUGCGCUGUCAAUUACAUGCAAAACUUUCGCACUUACAACCUCAGCGGCCACACGGAUGCCAUAGUCUCGUGCUUUUUUGAAUCAAAUAGCUUGCACUUGAACACUCUGAGCCGGAAUGGACAACUCUGCCUGUGGGAAUGUAGCAUGGAGCCAUCGGAUUUGAUUGAAGCUGAUAAACCAGAAGCGGCACCGCCAGCUCGGAAGCGCAGGGUUCCUAAUGCGUUUAAAGGAUCCGACAGCGAGUCCGAAGAUGAUAUUGAAAACAAUGUGGAAAAGCAAACAGUCAAACAAGACUUGGAAGCUGAUCAAAACGAAGUGAAAGAUGGAAUCGUUGGAAAAACACACCCGUUCUUCUACAAAAAGCUAGGCCGGCACUACUUGGCCAACGAGCCACGCAAGGAGAAGCGCGAUGCCAUGCUAACCGCGGCCAACUACAAUCGACGAACCAAGGUUUUGGUUGUGGCCUUUAGCACAGGCGCCUUCUAUUUGUACGAGCUGCCCGACGUAAAUAUGAUACACUCGCUGAGCAUAUCCGAAUAUCCCAUUUCGGCGGCCGUCUUUAACUGCACAGGCGAUUGGGUUGCGCUGGCGUCACGCGAAAUAGGACAGCUUCUGGUGUGGGAAUGGCAGAGCGAGCAAUACAUUAUGAAGCAGCAGGGCCAUAGCAGUGAAAUGGCCUGUAUCGCCUACUCUCCAGAUGGCCAGUAUAUCGCCACUGGCGGCGAGGACUCCAAGGUGAAGCUUUGGAACACACAGAGCAGCUUCUGCUUUGUCACGUUCAGUGAGCACACGAGUGGCGUAACCGCGGUCCAGUUCAGCCGCAAUAAAAAGUUCCUGGUUAGCAGUUCGCUGGACGGCACAGUGCGUGCUUUUGACAUAAUAAGGUAUCGUAACUUUAGAACAUUUACAUCACCGACUCCCGCACAGUUCGCAUGCGUGGCAGUGGACUACUCUGGAGAGUUGGUCGUUGCAGGAGGACAAGAUGUGUUCGAGAUAUAUUUGUGGUCCAUUAAGACGGGAAAACUGCUGGAAGUUAUCAGUGGUCAUGAGGGGCCUGUGGCCUCCAUUGCUUUUUCGCCAGUCGCAACUUCUUCGACGCUCAUUUCUGGCUCUUGGGACAAAACGGUCAAGAUUUGGAAUUGCCUGGAGAGCAACAGCGAGCACGAGACAAUCGAUGCGCUUUCCGACGUGACUUGCGUUGCCUUUAGUCCCAGCGGUGAAGAGGUCGCAGUCGCUACACUUGUUGGCAACAUAAUAAUCUUUGAUGUGAAAUCUGCAACCCAAGUGAGCACAAUUGAGGGACGCAAUGAUCUAAGCAGCGGCCGAUUGGAAACUGAUAUUGUAACUGCCAAAAAAAAUGCAGAGUCGAACUACUUCUCAACAAUAGAGUAUUCGGCGGAUGGGGAAUGUAUUCUGGCAGCCGGUAAAUCCGCCAAUAUUUGUAUAUAUCAUGUGCGUGAGGCUAUGUUGCUCAAGAAGUUCGAAAUAACUCAGAACCACAGCUUAGACGGUUUAAAUGAGUUCAUCAGCCGGAAGCAUCUCAGCGAGUUUGGUAACAUGGCGUUGGUUGAAGAGCGCGAGGAACUAGAGGGAGGCAAAGUGGCGAUUCGUUUGCCUGGAGUCCGGAAAGGUGAUAUGUCCGCACGACGCUUUCAGCCAGAAGUGAGGGUUUUCUCUGUCCGCUUCUCCCCCACGGGGCAAGCGUUUGCCGCCGCAGGCACCGAAGGACUUUGCAUAUAUGCGCUAGACAAGGGUGUGGUUUUCGAUCCGUUUGAUUUGACGUUGGAAGUGACACCUAAAGCGACACACGAGGCGCUAAAGAACAAGGAGUUCACAAAGGCGCUCGUUAUGUCCUUGAAACUGAACGAGCCCAAUUUGGUGACCUUAGUGCUAGAGCGCGUGCCGCAUAGGGACAUUGAGCUUAUUUGCGCGGAUCUAUCCCCCGACUACGCCCAGCGUUUGCUGCAACAGCUCGCACGCCUCUUGCAGUCCUCGCCCCACAUUGAGUUCUAUUUGCAGUGGUCCUGUUGCUUGCUAACUACCCAUGGCUAUCAUGACGGUGUCUUUCAGCAUACAGCUUUGCUUGCGUUACACGAGAGUAUUUCCCGAAAAUAUGAAAUGCUUAACAAAAUAUGCGACUACAACAAAUACACGAUACGGGUGCUCCUGGAGAGGUCGGAGAAUCUGAAAGCCCGCGAAGAUCAAGCCGAAACAACCAAUGAGGACAGUGAUAAUGAAAUGUUGUUGAUAAGACGUCCAGGGGAUGAAGAUUUGGAAUGUCAGUUUAGCGAAGGGAGCGAAGAAGAUAGCGACGGGCCUGAUGCGGAGGACAACGACGAUUCAUAAUGUAUAGUUCAUAGUGUUGUUGUUAUAUAGACC